AUGGAAAUUAAUAACUACGAAAAUAAUUGUAGAUUUUGCCUUAAAACUUCCAAAGACAUGUUUGAUUUAUACAGUUACGUUUUGCAACCAACAAAUAUACCUUUAGUGGAUUUUAUUGAAAAAAUAAGCGAUUUGAGGAUUGUAAAAAGUGAAUAUUCACCAAACAACUCGUGCAUCAACUGCAUAGAAUCAGUAGAGGCAGCAUUUAAAUUUGCAGAAAUGUGCAUAGUAUCAGAUGAAACACUCAAAAAAGAAGAAAUUCGCAGAAAGUUUCGUAAAAUCGAAGAAGAAGCCUUACUAGAUGAAAACAAUUUCGAAAACGAACUACUUGAGGAAGAGAAGGAUCUUAAAAUUGAAGAAAAUAAACUAGAAGAAUUUAAACCAGUCGAAUUAUUGACGGAAAAAAACGAAUACAUUUGCAAUAUUUGCGAAAUGAAAUUUACAAAUAAAACUAAAUUUCUGACUCAUCAAAAAACGCACGACAAUAAACAAUAUAAAUGUUCCUCGUGUUUGCAAACUUUCUCAAAGCAGGCCCAUUUACAAGUACAUUUGAGGAGCCACAAAGAAAAAGAAUUUCCCUGUAAAACUUGCAAAAAACUAUUUAGGUACGAACAUUUAUUGAAGCAGCACGAAUAUAAACAUUCUGACAAAAAACCAUUUCCUUGUCCCAAGUGCGACAGAGGUUGUAUGACGUCAGAAAAUCUUAGACGCCACAUGAAAACCCACGAGGAAAACUAUAUUAAAAAAAUGUACAGCUGCACAAUGUGCUCCAAAGAAUUUCCGUAUCCGAGCUCACUUUCUGAACACAUGAAAUGUCAUUCUGGAGAAAAACCACAUUUGUGCGCAGUCUGCGGAAAAGGGUUUAGGCAAAGCGGAUCUUUGCAUUUCCAUCAAAGAAUACAUACAGGAUACAGACCUUUUAAGUGCAAUAUUUGUUUGUUGUCGUUUAAAUCAAGAAGUUUAUUGAAAGUUCAUAUGAGAAAACACACGAACGAAAGGCCUUUUGUGUGUGAAACCUGUGGCGUAGCUUUUAGGCAAUCCAACGAUUUAAAAAGACACUUAAAUACACAUAACGGCGAAAAACCUGUUUUAUGUACUUUGUGUGGGAAAAGAAUGGCAACUACUGGUCAAUUAACAAUUCAUUUACGAACCCACACAGGCGAAAAGCCAUACAAAUGCGAAACUUGCGAAAAAGUCUUCGUAACAAAAACUGUAUUGAGGAAACACACAAGAAUUCAUACUGGAGAAAAGCCGUAUGUUUGUACCGAGUGUAAUAAAGCGUUCAAUCAAAGUUCUACUUUGAAGACACAUUUAAAUAUUCAUAAACCGCCAGGGGAAGUUUUAGUCAAAACUUCCAAAAGAAGACCAACCAAGAAAUCAAAAAAUAUCUCGGAUGAAGAACGGGCAACUGUAAAAAUAGGUGUAUCAACUGAAUUUACUGUAAUACUUCCAACUCCGACGCAUGUGCCUAUAUUAACACCAAAUUGA